AUGACAGAUAUAGCAACACUACAACAACAAUGGAAUAAAAAGGGAUAUGUUUCAAUUGAUCAAAGACAUGGUCUAACUAUUGUACAUUUAGAUAGUGGCAAUAACUCUUCUUCUUCCGUUUAUUUACAUGGAGGACAUGUUAUAUCAUUCAAGACCAAUUCAAGUGAACAUUUAUUUACAAGUGAAAAGUCUGUAUUUACAAGUGGCAAAGCGAUUAGAGGAGGUGUACCAAUUAUCUUUCCACAAUUUGGACCUGGAAAGAUACAGACACAUGGAUUUGCUAGAAACACUGAAUGGGCUAUUCACGAUACAUUUGUUGAUAGUGUCAAUCAAUGUGUAGGUGUUGAUCUUCAACUCGUUGACAAUGAUUACACUCGUUCCAUUUGGGACUACUCUUUCAAGUGUAUCUAUAGUGUAGUAUUGUUUGCCGAUCGGUUAGAACUUAGAUUUACCACUACCAAUACCGAUCAAAAGCCAUGGGACUUUCAACUGGCCUUCCACACCUACUACCAAGUAUCACAAAUAUCAAAUGUACACGUAGAAGGACUAUAUCAAGUAGAAUACAUUGACAAGAUGAGAAAUCUAAUCGUUGAAAAGGAGGCACGCAAGAAUGUAGUGAUUGGCGAAGAAGUUGAUAGAGUCUAUCUAGACACUAAACAACCAGUCACCAUUGUAGACACCAAAUCAUCUAUCAAACUAACAUCAUCACAGAGUCUACCAGAUGCAGUAGUUUGGAAUCCAUGGAUUGAAAAGUCAAAAAAGAUGGAAGACUUUGGUGAUUUAGAGUACCUACAAAUGAUAUGUAUAGAAGCAGGUGUUAUCAAUCGACCACCUCUCAUUGAACCAGGUCAUUCUUUUCAAUCUAUUCAUACUAUAACUCCUAUUAAUAAUCCAACUAGUUCUCUUUAA